AAAGGCAGAGACGGGGAAAAAAGGCCAGCAUCUCAUGUUUUCUUAGUCAUUCAAGCAGCGAGUUAGACGGCAGUGAGCAAUCAGCCAUGGCUGCAGUGCAAACGCCUGAAGAUCAGCAUUUUUUAGUUUAGAAGCAACAAUUCCGUGUGUAUACGCCCACCAUUCGGGGUGCAGUUUUAUUGUGCGGGGGAAGUGUUCAAGUUUUACGGCAUCAAGAAGAAGAUGAGCUAUCAACUUUCUAAAAUGCGUCUAACGCUCAAAAGAAUCCUGCAAGCCCUUUUUCUGGCCGUCUUGUUUUCGUUUUCCACAUUGGCAAUGCUUCGGACUUUGGCUGCCACUUCGAACAAUUCCACUGCAACGAUAGAACGUGCCUCUGCGGGAAAAGAAGAACCUCCAUGGAUCAAAAACUUUGUGGGCUUGUGGCCAGAUAGGUCUCUUAGAUCCGUUUUGGAUGACGAAGGAAACACGUUUGCAGGGCCGGUGAUAGAUGACAACGACAACCAUCUCUUCGAAGUAACCACAACAACAACGACAUCAAGUACUACAACGAAGCCUCACACUACACUUGACGAUAUAUUCAUAAGUGUCAAGACGACAAAGAAUUUUCACGCCUCACGUCUGGAUGUCAUCAUCAAAACUUGGUUCACCUUAGCCCGGGAACAGACUUGGUUUUUUACCGACUCGGAUGACGAGGAAUACAGCGAAAAAACCCACAACCAUCUGAUUAACACAGGAUGUUCAGCUUCUCACAACCGGAUGGCGUUAUGCUGCAAGAUGGCCGUCGAAUUUGACACUUUUCUCGAGAGCAACAAACGGUGGUUCUGCCAUUUUGACGACGACAACUAUGUGAAUGUACCGCAGUUGGUCCGAAUGCUGCAAAAAUACGACUGGACGGAUGAUUGGUACCUCGGCAAACCAAGUAUCAAAGCCCCGCUGGAAAUCCUGGACCGCGAACACAUACCGCAAAAAAUAUCAUUUUGGUUCGCUACGGGAGGUGCUGGAUUCUGUCUUAGUCGUUCACUCGGCUUGAAAAUGAAACCGUUGGCCAGUGGCGGAAAGUUCAUUAGUAUUGGCGAUAAAAUUCGACUGCCGGACGAUGUCACUAUGGGCUAUAUUGUUGAGCAUCUCCUGAGCAAACAGCUUACAGUGGUAGAAGAGUUCCACUCGCAUUUAGAACCAAUGAAGUUUCUAAAACAAUCGCAAAUUGCAGACCAGAUUACUUUCAGUUAUUCCCAUUACGGAGCUGAAAUGAAUGUACUGAGUCUGGAUGGCUUCAACAAUCAAAUUGACCCCUAUAGAUUUCUAUCCCUACAUUGUCAUUUGUAUCCCAAUUUUAGUUUCUGUCCUAGAUAA